AUGUCGUUCAGCGGUGGCCAGGCGUCGAGCUCCAUGGAAUUCUCGCCGGAGGCAUUCUCCCGUGAAGGGUUUCAGCAGCCGCAGCAGAGACCGCAUGCGAUGCAGCAGCAGCCAUCUUUCCCACAGCACCACCACCAGCAGCAGCAACAGCAACAGCAACAACAACAGCCUCCAUCGCAGAUGCAGCAGCAGGGUCGGUUACCGUUGCGCUCUGCCUCACAAGACGGCGACGGCAGCAGUCGGCCGUUAGUCGCCGGCAGCAGGUCCCCCCAAGGACCUGUUGCGCCCGGCCCGCGCCCCGCUGCUGUGCGUGUGCCAGCAAUGCGCGGGGCAGCGGGCGGCGCGAGGGGGAGCUCCGCCGCAGCUUCCGCGAUCUCCUAUGGCGGCGGUAAAGUCGCGGACGAGGACGAGGAGGAGGAGGAGGAGGAGGAGGAGGAGGAGGGCGAGGACGAAUACGAGGAGGAAGAGAGUCCGCAGCGGGUGGGGCGGCAGGAUUCCGUCCGAAGCUCCAUAUCCGACACCAGCGCCGACCGCGGGGGGUUGAUGGGCGGAAGGGGCGGGCUACGACCGCAGCGGAUGAAAAACGGGCCAGACGGGGGGAGCGCGUCAUUGCGCAUGCCCCCACGCCCCCCCGGCGCGAACCCCACGCCCUAUGGGGGGGCGAACCCGCCCGUCGACAGCCCGAUGGCCCGCCAGCAGCACCGGCGAGGCGCGUCGUUCGACUCGCGCGUUUCGCGCUCGGCGAAUCUGUCCCGCGCGCCGUUCCCCGGUGGUGCGCCGACCAGGGAUCCGCGCGCCUCUGCGGGAAGCAGCGGCCUUGCGGUCAAUGCGGGGCGCGGCGGUAGUGGCGAUGGUAACGUCGCGGUUAGCAGCGGUGCUAGUGGCUCUGGAAGCGGUGCUGCUUUUAACGCGAAUAGCGGAGGCGGGGGCGGCAUGAGGGGUCCAGCGGGGUCGCAAGCAGGGUCGCAGGCUGGGUCGCAGGCUGGGUCGCAAGCUGGGUCGCAGGCUGGAUCGCAAGCUGGGUCGCAGGCUGGAUCGCAACCUAGGUCGCAUGGGUCGCAAUCUGGGUCGCGGCCGUGGCACCGCCGCUCGCUGUCGACGCCCGUGGAAGAGUUCGACCCGCAACUAUCCUCCCCCACCACCAGGCCUCUGCCGCCUGGCAGAGGAGGGGCAGGGGGGUUAGGGGGAGCUGGGCGCGUAGGGGGAGGGCCAGGGGCAGCGGUAUCCAGCCGCUCGCCGCCCCAGGCUCCGAGUUCCGGCAUGGGCGUGAGCAUGGGCGCGGGCAUGGGGCCAGAUGUGGGCGGGGGUAUGGGCGCGCGCAUUAGAGUUGGCAGCAGCGGCAGCGGCAGAGGGGAUGUGCGGGUAGCAGCAGCAGCAGCAAGAGGGGAAACUCGUGGCAGCAGCACCGCCAGCUUCAGCGGCAGUGACGAUGACGAGGGCGAGGAUGAGUAUAACAGUGAGCCGGUGGCAGUUCCAGCGAGGGUUGCGGGAAGGACCUCAGGUGCGAGCGGGACUAGUCGACUUGCUCCUGCUGCCGCUGCUUCCCCUGCUGCUGUGGCGGCUGGCGCCUUUGGCAGCGGGAGGGGCGCGGAUGGGGCGCCAGCAGCGCUCGGAAUAGGACGGGGCAGGGGCAUGGAGGGGAGAGGAGAGAUGGCGUUCCGGGGCGGGCGGGUGGGAAUGGGCGGAAUGGGGGGGAUGAGGGGACGGGGGCGGGGGCGCGCGCACCACCGCACGUUUUCGGAAUCUCAGAUGGGGUUCCUGCACACCACGGAUUUCAGUUCCAUGCAGGAUGACGCGGAAGGGGGCCAGGCGGAGUGGGGUUCCGCCACUGGCGCGCAGGGGGGUGGGGGAAUGCCAGGGGGGAUGGGCGGAGGCAGGAGCGCGGCAGGGGGGAGAGUGCUCAGGGGAGCAGCGGGGAAAUCGCGGUUUUUGAGCGUGCAGGAGACGAGACGAGGGGAAGGUGCGCUUAGCAGGUUGGGAGGGGGUAUUGGAGGGAGCGUGAGGGAGACGCGUGACUAUAACGAAGGGUCGGAAUGGAUGGGCGGGGAGCUGAGACGGCCUGCUGCAGCGCUAGUGCAAGGGAGUGGGGUGCGGAACGGUGAGGGGCGCGGGGGCAGGGCGGAGGAGUAUGGAAGAGAGGGCGGCGGCGGCGGUGGUGGUAGUAUGAGUGGCGCUGGUGGCGAUGAUUUUGAUAAUGAUGAUGAUGAUGGGAUGAGAGACAGGGUAGAUGCGUUGUAUGAAGACUUGGAUAGGGUGAGACGAGGGGCAGGUGGUGGGAGGAACGGGAGCGAGAGCGAGGAGGACGCUGAGGAGGGGGAGGAGGGGAGGGGAGUGGAUGGGGAGAGAGGGCGGGAGUGGGAGCGCGGGAGAGGAGGGGGCAGCAGGGACGCGAGUCCUGGGAGCUUGCGGUCACGAGGCAGUGAGAGUGGGAGUGGGAGUGAUGGGGAGCACAGCAGAGUGAGCUUCAGUGGGAGUGAGGAGGGCGAGAGGGAGAGGCGGAAUAACAAUGGUAAUGGCGUGCACAGGGAAGGGCAAGUGCCUGUGGCAACAGCAGCAAGAGGAGCAGGGGGAGGGAGUGGCGGGGGGCCGGCAGGAGGAAUGGGAAUGGGCAGCAGUGGGCGAGGAGGCAUGGGCAGGGGGGUGGGAGGAGGGAGAGCAGGUGGGAGCGGAACUGCAGCAGCAGGUAUGGGUGGGGCGCCGAGCCUGGGUGGUAGGGCCGGGAGAGGUCCGGGUGUGGUUCGUGGCAUGGCCGGUGGCAUGGCACGGGGCGGCAUGGGCGGCAGAGGGGGCAUGGGCGGGCGGCACAGGCGCACGAGCUCGGAGUCACAGGCAGCAGCGGCGUUCUACAGCGCGCCUGGAGAUGACUUCUUCUGGAGCGGUGGGGGUGACACUGGCGCCCCCCCUGUGAGGCAGGGCGGGCAGCGGGGACUAGGGCAACAAGGGCUGGGUCAGGGGCAGAAGCAGCAGGGGCAGGAGAGUGUGGGGGCAGGACGGAGUUUGCAGAGAGUCGGGGGAGAGGCGGGGAGGGGAGGAGGCGAUGUGGGGAGGGGGAGGUUGCAGGGUGUAGGUGGGCGUGGUGGGGCUGCUGGCGCUGGUGCCAGUGGGAGGGGUGCGGGUGGGCCAGGUGGGAGAGGGCAGGGAGGGGUAGGGAGAGCUGCAGGGAGUGUUGGCAGGGGGGGUGGCGGCUCUGUUAGAGCCCAGCAGCAGCAGCGACAGCAGCAGGGGCAGCCGGAGCAAGAGCAGGGGCAGGUGCAGGGGCAGUGGGGGGAGCAGGCGGAGGAGUGUGAGCCGCCGGAGCUGCAGAGGGAGCUGACGUUCCGAGUGAACCUGGAGGAGCCGGCGAUUGAGAAAGAACCCGCGCUGGAGCGCGAACUCACCUUCCGCAUGGGCGCCAGUUGA